AUUUCAUAAGCUUGCACUGUUUCGAAGUGCUUCAAAUAUCAAGGUUAGUUGAGUCUAAGUACUGCUCGCAGUGACGGCGAAGUUAUGACACAGCACUGGCAAUUUGUUCGGUAUAUCCAUUAAGAUUGCACUCUAGGCUCUUGUAUUCAUCGAGAAGUGGGCAUGGUCGACUAAGUAACGUACGCUGAAGCGUUUAUCCAUCGCUUAGCAACGGCAGACGAAAGGUUCGUGAUCAUCGAAAUGAUGCACUUCAUUCAUGUUAGAAGGCAAGCAUUGAAUCAAUACUGUUCAGUGCUCUGUUUUCUCUGAAGAUAACAAUGUCUUCGUGGCGGCUUCUCUGUUGAAUAACAUACCGUAAAUGGGCCUAACUUUGUGAAUGGUUGGUGAGUUUACUAAAGAUGAUUAAGAUCAACAGAAAUUGACAAAGUCUCGAUUGAGCCGAUGAUAUUCAAGAUCUAAGACAAAUUCAUGGGAUGUGCACUAGCCUAAAUUCAGUUAUCGUCAAUUAUGAGUUAUAAACAUAAACCAAGAAACCUCAUAGUAGCUGUAAACGACGAAGAUCAUGAUACCGUUAGAAAGUUGCUCGAGGAGAAGGCUGACCCGAAUACAAGAGAUCUAUUCGAGCGCACGCCACUGAUGCGCGCCGCAGUGCUUGAGGAAAGCGAUACUCGUAGGCUUAUUGUUCGAUGUCUAAUCAAUCAUGGCGCCGACAUUAACUUACAAGAUAAACACAAACGCACUGCAUUAAUGUAUAUAUGUGGUCGGGAUGAUGGAAUCGAUAUUUUGAAAAUCGUACUGAAAGCGUGUACUGUCGAUUACAAUACACAAGAUGAGGAAGGCGAUACAGCUCUGAUGUAUGCUAUAAGAGCGGACAAUCACGACGGCUUAGAAUUACUGUUGCAUAUUGGUGGACAAAGUAUUGAUGUUGACAGAGAAAACAAUGAGGGCCUCUUCCCACUUUAUUUGGCAGCAUCACAAGAAGAUACAGAUUUUUGUAAGAUGUUGGUCGAGGGCGGAUCGAGAAGAUUCCACAACAUCCCCUCCCACCUGAUGCAAUAUUUACCGGAUAUACCCAAAGAGCUUCUGCGGGAAGUUCAAAAUCCAAAGUCAACUGAUCGAAGAAUAUCUCUAAUGACGAAGAACAACUGGAAGGGAUCUGACGAUUCGGACCCAGUGUUACAUGGUGGUGUGUCAAGUUUACGCAACACUCUGAGUUCAAUACUUUCGCGCGAAGUGGCGCCGAUGUACGAUCAAGUGAACACUGUUGGAGCACACAAUCCAGGCUGGGCUAGCGUCCAGUCUUCUAGGAGCGGGGUUCCCAAUCAAGAUAAUAUAAUGCAGGAAUUAGCAAGGCGUCUGGCAGAGUUUGAAUUGAAUAGCGUGAAUAAAUCUCCACAUCGACCGCAAUCAAACGCACCUAUACACGUCACUAGAUCAGGUAGGGUGAUAAAUCCGAACGCCACAAGAGAUCCACAUUUCAAGGAGAUCAAAGGCAUUGGAAAGGGCAAGAUGGAUUCACCAGGAAUCAACUAUAGUAGAAGAAGAAUUCUGCAAAGAGUCACAAACAAGCAAAAAACUGGACAGUAAUUUCUGUUGCAAAAGAUAAAAAACACAAACGCACUGAAAGCAAAAUAAGCCUAUUGCUUUUGUUGAGUUUAAUAAAUAUAAUUAUUCCUAGUUCCAGAAAUAUAUUUUUAGAGGCUUCGAUCUACAUAUUUUUAGAGGUAUUUGAUCUGGGUGUAAACUAUUUAAUUGAGGGUUAAGGCCUACCGAACCGAUUAGAAAACCGGAGCAGUGUGUAAGGAAUCUGGCGUUCAGCGCAUCGGACAUGCUGUCCGAAUUUCGGUUUGGAUCUGAUGUAAUUGCUGCUACUUUGCAUUCUUUGUCGAUUACACCUAUUAACCAUUUUGCAGCUUUUCGUUGAGGUCGUUACAGUCCAUAUACAUAGAUCAAAAUGGAAGAAACUGAAUUAUUGAAAUCAAACAUCUCUCACUUUUUUUUGUAAAAGUUACGCUAUGAUAAUGUACGUGUUUCUAUAGCGCUUCAUAUCAACAUUGAGCUUAGCAAUUACCCUAGUGAUUUGAUCAUCCAAUUUAUGUGUGCGUGGGUCUUAACUUUAUUUAUAUUUAUUUUAUAUAGAUGAUAUAUAUUUUUAAACAUUCAACUUUGGAGUAUAGGCCUAACAGUAAUGAUAUAACGAUGCAUCACAGCCAUCACAGUUCAUUUCAUAAUGUUAUAUUUAUGAAAUUAUAAUAUAUACUGUAUAUAUAUAACAUAAUAUGAUAUAUAUGUAUAGGCCUAUAUGUGUAUAUAUAUACAUAUACAUAUAUAUAUGUAGGCCUAUAUAUA